AUGAAUGGCACAUUAAUUCUUAGAGGUUUAACACUGAACGAUGCAGGAAACUACAUUUGUGUGGCAACAAUGACAAGGGAAAAUCAAGUUGAAACGGUGACAAACGUUGAAGUGUAUCAACCAAUAGCUAGAGGUUUGUUUUUAGACUGCAUCCAUUGUGUAUACUGCAGGGAGGGGGUGGGUGGGGAAAAGGGAUAUUUCUAAAAGGGGAAAAAUUCUUUUCAUAUCCUCCCCACACACAUCAUACAGGAUUUUUUGACAUUCCUCUUCUUGAACAAUAGGGAAAAAACCCCGGUAUUAGUAAAAUUUGGGCAAUAUGAUGAAGUGGUGCAGAAAUAAAUGUUGAAAUGAAAUAGAGAACUGAAAAUAAAAGGUGACAAAGUGGUCACAGAUGUUAGUAUUUCUCGUCUAGAUUUUAAAUCAAAGGAAGUUUUAAGAAAUUAACGCCAGCUGUGGCUCACUGAGAAAUUGCAUGCCGAGGCCAUGUGGCAGUUUAGGGUCAAUAAUAUUGCAAACUACGUGUACCAAAAUAGGUUACAUUUGUAUUGGGGAACAUAGACAAGCAAAAGAUCAAGCUCAAGAGAAAAAAAGACAAACAAAAGAAUGAGACAUUGAAUGGCCUGCCUAAACAAUAAAGCACGAAAAGAAAAAGGAAUUGCAAGUCAGCCUGCUUCCGAAGAAAGGUCCACAUUCGGGGGGAGUUGGGGGGGAAGGGUGGGGGAACUCAAAAAGUUUUAUACGCCCCGAGGUCUAACCCCUUACCAUUUUUAUGCCAUUUUUGACAGAAAAAGUACCCCUUCCGUAUACCUUACAUUGACGAAUAAAACCCCUUUUACAUAUUUGGUUAAGAACUUUGCAUCCCUUUAACUGAAAUCUCUACCUUUUCAUACCUGAAGCCUGAAAAAUGUGAUCUAUCUGACUUUAUCAGGCUUGCAAAUAAACAUUUGCUUUUCUCUGAAAUUAAAUAUUUGAUUAAUGUUUUUUUUUCUUCUUUCCUUUCACAUCAGGUCAAGACUGUUUAUCACUGAUCAAAUCAGGCUAUACUCAAAGUGGAGUGUACUCUGUGAACCCAGAUGGUAAAGGAGCGUUCCUUGUAUACUGUGACAUGAGCACUGAUGGUGGAGGAUGGACCGUGUUCCAAAGAAGACAAGAUGGCUCGGUGGACUUCUAUCGCGGCUGGGACAAUUACAAAUCAGGCUUUGGUCAGCUGACGGCUGAGUUCUGGUUAGGAAACGACAAGAUCCACAGGCUGACGGCCUCUAGAGCCAGAUCUUUGCGGGUGGAACUGGGUGACGGGAACGGAGCAAAAGCAUAUGCCAAAUAUGGCAAGUUCAAGAUUGGUGAUGAGCAGGUGAAGUACCGACUUGACGUGGGCUCGUAUUCAGGAACGGCGGGAGAUUCGUUAGCAUGGCAUAAUAACGAGGCUUUUAGCACUAAAGAUAGAGAUAACGACAGAUGGGAUAGUAUACACUGUGCUGUAUCAUUCAUUGGUGCCUGGUGGUACAGCGGUUGCCACAACUCCAAUCUAAAUGGAAAAUACCUGGGAAACACUAGGUGGAAUUAUACUGGAGUCAUUUGGGAGGACUUCAGAAGCGGCGUUUCACUAAACUUCACGGAAAUGAAAUUGAGGCCGUCAUCAUAACACAAAAAGAUCCUGUUUGAUAAAGAACUCUUUCAUUGAGAUAGAUUUCAAUCAUAUCAGAGCCGUCACUUUUGAAAUUUUGCGAUUUGAAAGGAAUGAGUAGAAAGGACAUACGUUAUGUCCAAACGGACAAACCAGAAAAGUUGAGGGACGUACAUUAUCUUGAUUUUUAAUUCUUUUAACUACUGUACAAAUCUUCGGCUGCAAAAUUAUUGUCUUUGCUUUUCAAGUCAUUGUGUCCUACUGCACGUGAAGGCUUUCUCCGGAAAUGCGCAAAUUUAAGACAUCGUCUUAUGACCGACUGUUAUUAGCAGCUCUGUUGUGUAAACGACUUUCACAUGCACAGUUCCCAACAAAUUUUUUAACUUGAAGGCAAUUCCUCAUCCAUUUACACCAGCGACAGAGCUUCAGUUACUUUUCCCUCUUUUACUACACGAUUAAGCUGAACUGAUACGUUUGUGUAAGUCUUUUAAUUAUUAAUUUUAAGAUUCCCCCUCUAAUUUAGACAGAAAAAAUACACAGAUGGAACGCGAGAAAACGGCGUUCUAACCUCAAACUUUUUAGCUGAUUAACGUAACUCUGUAGAAUAACAAAGACUGUAGGAAAGUGAAUAAAGCUACUUUUGAAAAAAGCCAUUUUUAAAGGGAAAUAAAGAUUUACAGAUUUUAUUGUUUUUACGCUAUUUACAUAAUGUUUAUAUUGGAAUUUUAAUUUGUAUAAGUACCUUACGGAGCAAUGUCAGAAAUAAAGAUAACAAGAAAUUAAGAUGUGCGCAGUCACCAAAGUAGCUAAUGCUUCCUGCUUGGUCCAAUAAUUGGUCAAUGGUCUUUUUAAUUUGACAUUUAUUUUGUACCUUAUGACACUCGAGGAUACCUUUUAGUAAUAUUAACCUUACUGUUUUUCGUUUUAGGUAAAACCAGGUACGGAACUAAAGCCUCCGCGUUUAAUCCAAGGUUUUGAGAUGAUUCAGCAUAUAUGAACGAUCCCAUUGCCUAUAUCAUGCGCAAAAGCGUGCCAGCCUUAGAGAAACUGUAACUGUUCUGGAGGAAUAAUUUUCCAAGUCCUAAAUUAAUGAUUUCAAAUAGAGACGAGAAAACAAAAAAUCGAAAACGAUGCGCUGCUCUGCCAUCCAAUUAAUCUACACGUUCAGGGAGAUUGUUCAAGCUUCCCUUUUAACGAUACUCCCACGUCGAGGCUUAAUUAGUUGGUAUUUUGCAGAAAUCAACAAGAAGUUGUUUUCAAUUUAAGGUUGAAAAGAACUGCUUCGCUGUUUCGGCUGCUUUUGGAAAAGAAAGAAAAGGCGAGCACUCACAGUCCUCCCAUUAAAAAUGUAACAAACCAGAAUAAGGUUUUUUCUAACCAGGGGCUGGACUCGCAAUACUUUCAGCAUUUAAAUCCCGAGAGGUAGAUGUGAGUGGACUCGGGAAGUAUUGCAAUACAACACACGUACUAAAUGUAUUACUUGCUGUUUCUAUUAAUGUACACUUCCUGUAACAGCAAGAGAGAAUAUCCUCGCUCUCUUGCUGAACGUAAACGUAGACAGUAAAAUGUUGAUUUUUUUUUUUCAGUUUUUCAUUAACAAGUCGGAACGUGCAUGGUUUUGAAGCGGAAAACCGUUGUGAUAAGAUUAGAGUUUCAAAGAAUUUUCAAUAGCAAUGAACAUAAAACCUACCCGCCAGCUCCUCCCAUAAAAAAUAUCCCAACAGUUUACCCUAAGUAAGAAGUUAUUGUUGACAUUUAGUUAGAGGGAAGGGGUAGCUGGGUAGAAUCUAAUGCUGAUCCACUUAAGAUAUGCCGAAACGGAUAUGAACUUUUGCCUCCUUAGAAAAAGGAAGUGAAAAUAAUAUCCUUGAAUAACGCGUAAGUCCCUAUUUUUGACCAAAGUUAAGUAUAUAUCAUGUAACCGGUCCACGUACCAGACCGCCGAAACGAUAUUGAAACUCGCCAAUUCGAAAUGACGACUCCAAAACAACGCUUUCCUUCUCUUGCUUCCACCAUAUCUGUUUUAAAUAUUGUUUUGUACUGCGUUGGGUUUUUAAGAGUUGAAUUAGAGUUGAACAAUCAAAAGGAGAGGUUAGACGCGCUUGAAAACGUGGCGAAGAGCAUUAAUCCCCAAUCCAGUGAUUCAAUCUUCAAAUUUUAACGCUCGCGCUAUGAAUGUUUUCUCAUUUUAUGCACGGAUUUUAGAAUUUCAUGCGGUCUCAAAGUUUUUGUUUUUGUUUUUUUUGUUUUUUUUUGUUUUUUUAGUUUUUUUCCAACCUUUCUUGAAGUACAUUCAUAUGCAUAUGAAGGACUGAGGAAUCGCUGUAUGUUAUCUUAUGGCAAACAACACAAAAGGUUAAGGGUUAUUAAAGAUAACAAGAAAUUAAUAAUGGUAAUUGAACUGAGUGGAGUGCAAUUUGGUCUGAAAUCAUACGCGUGAUUUCAAAAUCGAACGAGCGCGCAGCGCGAGUUCAAUUUGAAAUCACAAGUAUGAUUUCAGACCAAAAUUGCACGACACGAAGUUCAAUUACCACUUUAUUACUUCCAUUUUGAAAUCGCAGAAUUUAGUCAGUACUAAUAUUUUGUUGAUCAAGUAGCCGGUUUGUUAAAAAGCCGAAACAAAAAGGCUUUUACAUCUCGUUUUGUAUUCCAAACAGAAAUGAUGCGAUAUAGAACAAAAAUGGUGCUAUUUAAAACAUAAAUGAUGCGAUUUAGAACAUAAAUGACGCGAUUUGGAACAGAUGCGAUUUAGAGCAAAAAAUGGUGCGAUUUAGGAAUAAAUCACACCGCUGAGAGCCAAUCAGAUUGCACGGAUAGCCAGUGAUUUCAAAGUGGAUGUAAUAAAGGAAUUAAGAUGUGCGCAGUCACCAAAGUAGCUAAUGCUUCCUGCUUGGUCCAAUAAUUGGUCAAUAUUAACUUUACUUUUUUCGUUUUAGGUAAAACCAGGUACGGAACUAAAGCCUCCGCGUUUAAUCCAAGGUUUUGAGAUGAUUCAGCAUAUAUGAACGAUCCCAUUGCCUAUAUCAUGCGCAAAGCGUGCCAGCCUUAGAGAAACUGUAACUGUUCUGGAGGAAUAAUUUUCCAAGUCCUAAAUUAAUGAUUUCAAAUAGAGACGAGAAAACAAAAAAUCGAAAACGAUGCGCUGCUCUGCCAUCCAAUCUACAGGUUCAGGGAGAUUGUUCAAGCUUCCCUUUUAACGAUACUCCCACGUCGAGGCUUAAUUAGUUGGUAUUUUGCAGAAAUCAACAAGAAGUUGUUUUCAAUUUAAGGUUGAAAAGAACUGCUUCGCUGUUUCGGCUGCUUUUGGAAAAGAAAGAAAAGGCGAGCACUCACAGUCCUCCCAUUAAAAAUGUAACAAACCAGAAUAAGGUUUUUUCUAACCAGGGGCUGGACUCGCAAUACUUUCAGCAUUUAAAUCCCGAGAGGUAGAUGUGAGUGGACUCGGGAAGUAUUGCAAUACAACACACGUACUAAAUUUAUUACUUGCUGUUUCUAUUAAUGUACACUUCCUGUAACAGCAAGAGAGAAUAUCCUCGCUCUCUUGCUGAACGUAAACGUAGACAGUAAAAUGUUGAUUUUUUUUUUCAGUUUUUCAUUAACAAGUCGGAACGUGCAUGGUUUUGAAGCGGAAAACCGUUGUGAUAAGAUUAGAGUUUCAAAGAAUUUUCAAUAGCAAUGAACAUAAAACCUACCCGCCAGCUCCUCCCAUAAAAAAAAUCCCAACAGUUUACCCUAAGUAAGAAGUUAGUGUUGACAUUUAGUUAGAGGGAAGGGGUAGCUGGGUAGAAUCUAAUACUGAUCCACUUACGAUAUGCCGAAACGGAUAUGAACUUUUGCCUCCUUAGAAAAGGGAAGUGAAAAUAAUAUCCUUGAAUAACGCGUAAGUCCCUAUUUUUGACCAAAGUUAAGUAUAUAUCAUGUAACCGGUCCACGUACCAGACCGCCGAAACGAUAUUGAAACUCGCCAAUUCGAAAUGACGACUCCAAAACAACGCUUUCCUUCUCUUGCUUCCACCAUAUCUGUUUUAAAUAUUGUUUUGUACUGCGUUGGGUUUUUAAGAGUUGAAUUAGAGUUGAACAAUCAAGGAGAGGUUAAACGCGCUUGAAAACGUGGCGGAGAGCAUUAAUCCCCAAUCCAGUGAUUCAAUCUUCAAAUUUUAACGCUCGCGCUAUGAAUGUUUUCUCAUUUUAUGCACGGAUUUUAGAAUUUCAUGCGGUCUCAAAGUUUUUGUUUUUGUUUUGUUUUUGUUUUUUUUUUGUUUUUUUAGUUUUUUCAAACCUUUCUUGAAGUACAUUCAUAUGCAUAUGAAGGACUGAGGAAUCGCUGUAUGUUAUCUUAUGGCAAACAACACAAAAGGUUAAGGGUUAUUAAAGAUAACAAGAAAUUAAGGAAUUAAGAUGUGCGCAGUCACCAAAGUAGCUAAUGCUUCCUGCUUGGUCCAAUAAUUGGUCAAUGGUCUUUUUAAUUUGACAUUUAUUUUGUACCUUAUGACACUCGAGGAUACCUUUUAGUAAUAUUAACCUUACUGUUUUUAGCUCAUGGAUGACGUAGUCAUGCCAUGGGCUUUUGGAGGCACUCGAAUGGCACUCGAUCACUCACUCACCCACUCACUCACUCACUCACUCACUCGAUUCUCAUUAAUUUAUUCAUUAAAGUCAGAUUAAACACGUUACUCCUACCUCCCUUACUUAGUAUCACUUUUUUUCCAAGUGCCUUUUACGUAUAUGUUUGGAAUAUCCUAGAGGGUACUAGUAAGGGGAAUUUUUUUUCCCAACACAUCAAUAGAGAUGGGUUUUGUAUAAAUAACAAUAUUUUAAAGAACACUGAUAAUAUCCUCCGCAAGAAAUGGACUUAGAAUUGUUAAAAGGACAUUGAAAUGAUUGAGCGUGGAUCUUUGCUGUAUAUUUGGACCAAUUGUGCACAUUUGUUCCCGAUAUUGUACUUGAUAUGGAAAAGAUGCAAUCAGGAGUGCGAAAGAGCUAUUGACGCCUGACGAUGGGAUUUCGUUCAGCGAAAAGCGAAUAAGCCAAAGAACCUUAUAAUCACUGCAAAAAAACUGUCCUCGAAUUGUUAAAGCGACAUUGAGGAGUGUCUAUUGAGGUAUAUUCAAUUAUUUGGACGAAUCCGUUCGACCAUUUGUCUUUGUAUGCAAACAGGGAAUAAAUUAAUGUUGUGUCAACUAGAAGCACAGGUUUAGAAGCAACAAGCGCUACGCUAUUUUGCUUGAAUUCUUAGGUGAUCUUUGCCUUAAAGAAGGCUUUUGUUUGUCGGUGAUUCCAUUUAGCAGUGCUAUUAAUGUAAUUUCUACAAGAAAUGCUGCGGUGGUAUACACAAGUCUCUGGCGAAAGGCAAUCGGAUACUUCGACUGCGUUAUAAAUUACUUGGCUAGGUCAGAGCACGUACUGCUUUGAGCUUAAUCCGUUUUACAUGUAUUAAAAUAAUUUUUAGCUCGUGUUUAUCAAAAGCACGUUCUAAAGUAGUUCAAUUUAGCCAUAAACGCCUGUAUUCUGUAUUUAAUAUAGCUCGUACUGCGUAUACUAACCGUUACGUACUCAUCAUAUGGAAACAUUUAUUUGAAAGCAUCGCACUUUUAAAACCACGGUUUGAAUAAGACUCAUGUAUGUAAAACUUGGCUAUUUUACAAGAAAGUGCACUGUCGUUCGGAAAGUGUUUGACAGUCACAUGAGAAAGCAAAUUAUUUUACAACUAAAAAGCGUUAAUAAGUGCUUUUAAAAGUGAUCUUUGCUUUGUAAGUAGAAACGCUGCGCUAAUAAAAAGUUUCUAGAAUAUUCAGGUGCACAUGCAAUCGGAUACUUCGAGUCACGCUGUACUUGGCAAGUCCGUACAAAAUGAACCGUUAAAAAAGAUUUAUAUGUUUUUCUUUGAUUAUUGAACUGUCUUUUCUACACUAAUUCAAUUCAUCCAUGAGCUCGCUCCUAGGAGCCUUUGAUUCGUUUUAGGUAAAACCAGGUACGGAACUAAAGCCUCCGCGUUUAAUCCAAGGUUUUGAGAUGAUUCAGCAUAUAUGAACGAUCCCAUUGCCUAUAUCAUGCGCAAAGCGUGCCAGCCUUAGAGAAACUGUAACUGUUCUGGAGGAAUAAUUUUCCAAGUCCUAAAUUAAUGAUUUCAAAUAGAGACGAGAAAACAAAAAAUCGAAAACGAUGCGCUGCUCUGCCAUCCAAUCUACAGGUUCAGGGAGAUUGUUCAAGCUUCCCUUUUAACGAUACUCCCACGUCGAGGCUUAAUUAGUUGGUAUUUUGCAGAAAUCAUCAAGAAGUUGUUUUCAAUUUAAGGUUGAAAAGAACUGCUCCGCUGUUUCGGCUGCUUUUGGAAAAGAAAGAAAAGGCGAGCACUCACAGUCCUCCCAUUAAAAAUGUAACAAACCAGAAUAAGGUUUUUUCCAACCAGGGGCUGGACUCGCAAUACUUUCAGCAUUUAAAUCCCGAGAGGUAGAUGUGAGUGGACUCGGGAAGUAUUGCAAUACAACACACGUACUAAAUGUAUUACUUGCUGUUUCUAUUAAUGUACACUUCCUGUAACAGCAAGAGAGAAUAUCCUCGCUCUCUUGCUGAACGUAAACGUAGACAGUAAAAUGUUGAUUUUUUUUUUCAGUUUUUCAUUAACAAGUCGGAACGUGCAUGGUUUUGAAGCGGAAAACCGUUGUGAUAAGAUUAGAGUUUCAAAGAAUUUUCAAUAGCAAUGAACAUAAAACCUACCCGCCAGCUCCUCCCAUAAAAAAUAUCCCAACAGUUUACCCUAAGUAAGAAGUUAUUGUUGACAUUUAGUUAGAGGGAAGGGGUAGCUGGGUAGAAUCUAAUGCUGAUCCACUUAAGAUAUGCCGAAACGGAUAUGAACUUUUGCCUCCUUAGAAAAGGGAAGUGAAAAUAAUAUCCUUGAAUAACGCGUAAGUCCCUAUUUUUGACCAAAGUUAAGUAUAUAUCAUGUAACCGGUCCACGUACCAGACCGCCGAAACGAUAUUGAAACUCGCCAAUUCGAAAUGACGACUCCAAAACAACGCUUUCCUUCUCUUGCUUCCACCAUAUCUGUUUAAAUAUUGUUUUGUACUGCGCUGGGUUUUUAAGAGUUGAAUUAGAGUUGAACAAUCAAAAGAAGAGGUUAAACGCGCUUGAAAACGUGGCGAAGAGCAUUAAUCCCCAAUCCAGCGAUUAAAUCUUCAAAUUUUAACGCUCGCGGUAUGAAUGUUUUCUCCUUUUAUGCACGGAUUUUAGAAUUUCAUGCGGUCUAAAGGUUUUCGUCUUUGUUUUUGUUUUUUUUUAGUUUUUUCCAACCUUUCUUGAAAUACAUUUAUAUGCAUAUGAAGGACUGAGGAAUCGCUGUAUGUUAUCUUAUGCCAACAACACAAAAAGGUUAAGGGGAUUAAGUCUUCUCGUUUAUACAUAGUUCCAUACGUAUGGAAGCCUUCUUUUCAUACAAGAGUUAUAUUUUCCAAAGAAAGGAAAGAAAUGAGAUUUUUUCCGCGAACCUGACGUUUGACUCACGUCAUAUAAUCAAGUUCUUCUGUUUCUUGAUGGGACUGAGUUUAAAGGGUUGUUGUAGACAGUAAGUCCCACACUCCAAUGUAAGAAGCGGCAGACAGAGCUUUUUAAAUAAAACUGCAAGGAAAGCAUUUGCAUUCAAGACUACAGUACUAAAUUUCUUAUUUAAUAAAACGCUAGAAGAUCAUUAUCAGAGUCGACUCAUCAUUAGUGACUCUAAAAAUGGAAGCAGUAGAAGGUCUUGGCUGAGCAGGGAUUGAGCUCACAAUACCAAGAGCACUGAAGCACACGUACCAACUUCGCGGUAUUGGCCAAUUCCUUACCCUUGCCCGCCAAUCAUAUAUCACCACGGCAGUGGCAGCCAUAUGAACAGCUGUUUCGCCGCCCUUAUUGGGGCUCAUCAGACUGGCAUAGCCGUCGUAUGAACUGGCGAACCGGUGUGUCAAAUUCUUUACCGCCAACGUUUGCACUUCCUUAAACGCCAGCUCCACCGUACACAAACUGUUGGCUGGGACCGCAAAACAGUUUGGACUCACAAUGUUCUCUCAAAGGUUAGUUCAGUUCAGUAGACUGAGACGUUUGGAAUACAAUACAAGUACUAAAUAUAUUACCUGCUGUCAGUAAUAAUAACACUGUCGGUAUGUCACUUCCUGAAACAGUAUAAGCGAGGAUAUCCCCUUUUGAUGAUAGUAUUGAUCUUUUCUGCCAAACAUAUGCCAAGAAAGAUAAGAUUUUUGAACUUUACCAUCUUAUAAUAUAAGAAGGAAGUGAAAAUGAUCGAAACAGUACCAGGAUCAAGUAACGAGCUCACGCACCAAGUCUUCAGAUAAACAAGGCUUGUUUAAUUGAGGUUGUUACGCAUGAAAAUGACAUCGGCUCAAAAUCAACGCUUUCCCUCUUUUUCUACUACCAUCUCUGCAUUAGGUAUUGUUUUGUAUUGCGCUGGAUUUUUAAGAGUUGAACUAGAGUUGAAUAAUCAGAAGAAGAGGUUAGAUGCCCUUGAAAUCGUCGCGAGGACAAAACAACCAUUCAGCGAGCCACAUCACAGUAUCGUCAAGUUCAUCAAGGAUGCUCACGGUAUGUACUUUUCACCUUGCCUAAAGGCGGUAAAAAAAAUUCAUGUAUUCUGAGGUCUUUUGUCUUAUCUUAAAAAGAACACUCGUGUUUACGAAAGUUUGUUCAAUGUGCCUGACUUUUAAACACGAGCGAAAAUGUAAGGGAGUCUGAUUCGUAAAAAAAACGCUUUUGCGUGUUGUCAACUAAGUGGCACUGAAAAAAUUAGCAAAGGUCAUUUCGACUUCCUUUGGUUUUAUUACUACUUCUUUUCUUUACACAGGCGGCGUGAAUGACUCUUCCAUGCACAAAUACUCUGACAUGAUAAACAUACAAAAGUAAUAUUUCAUGAUUAUUAAACCAAAAGAAAUAGUUUCAGUUUUCCUAAGAAUUAAAAUUACCUCAAGGGCAUUGUUUUAGAUAAUAACGUUACAAGUCUUGCAGGAGCUCGUUGCCUUUUGCUUGAAUUUUAAGGUCAUUAAAACUCAUACCAAAAUAGCGUCUUAAUCACUGAGCUAGAAAAAAACGACAUGAAUUAGGAAAUUUUAUCUAACCAUUGCGACGAAAGAAAAAUUAGUACUGAAUGAACCCUCAGCUAAGAAGACGGAGUCGUGAAGAUUUGCGAAAGUUUUGUAUUAUCGGUUUCCUUAUGAUCACAGCUUGUUGGAAGGAUCACCAUUAAUCGAGGGUGUGAAUGGGAUUUACCGAGUAGCGACAAAGGGCGAAAAAUAUUAAUAUUACUGAAAACUGACGAAAAGAGAAAAAAAUUACCGACUACCGACAGGAAAAAUAUUAACCGACUACCGAGUAAUGGGCCGACAUUAUCGAUAUUUGUUUUCAUAAGGAAGAGAUUUUGUAUUUUUUCUAGCUUAGGAAGUAACCACAUAAAAUUUACGACUUGUCAGAUGGUCCAACGGAAAGAACUUCCUCCUUUGUUGAUACGUUUAUACAGUAACCGACAACCAACAAGUGGACUACGUAUGGUGGCCGACAACUGCCAUUCGUCAAAACGACAUAAAUUUGUUAAUUUUAGGUUGAACUUAAAUUAUUUUGAAUUGAAAGAGAAGUGAAAUAAAACGCAACAUUAUUUUCUUUUUCAUUGAAAUGGAAAUAGAUUAUUUUUUCAUCACUAUUAUUUUCAAAUCAAAACAAAACAUUUUUAUUAUGAAAUGAAAAUAAAAAUAAAAGUGAAAUAAAACUGCCUUUCAAACCAAAAAAAAGGUAAAAUUAAUAUGUUCAUGGCCGGUAACUGCUGUUCUUUGUGUCGUUACGGGAGUAGACUAGAUCAAAGGCUCCUAGGAGCAAGCUCAUGGAUGAAUUGAAUCUUAAACGAGCAUGGGUGCUAAGUGUCACUGCUCUUGAAUUUCGCGAUUCCGUUAUUAUUGACAACCGAAUGUUAAAGAUUAUCACCUCUGUAUUUAUAGCGGAGCUCUGGCGCGCGAAGCGCGCCUGCGGAGCACCAUGGGUAAGUAAAUCUACCCAUCCCAGAAAAUUUGGGGUCGUGACUAGAAUGGAUACUCCAAAAUCAGGUAUCCGCUCGGAGACUGGAACUGAAUAAAAUUAUUUUUCGGCAAAUCGCUCCGACUCUUUACGACCUUGUUGUGUUGAAAGACUAAGACUAGCAUACAAAGACUGAAAAGGCUAAGAUGAGAAUGGUUACUCCAAAAUAUGGAUCAAAGCCUACAUAGAGGUUAGUUGUUUUUCACGUUCUUUUUGUAAGAAUUUAGUCCAAGGAGCAAACAAUGUCUGUUUAAUUACAGUACCACUACCGCGACUGCCGUGUAAAGCUUAUUCAUAGCAAAGUAUCUGUUUGGAUAGCUCAGAAUAAGGUGGAUACUUCAGAAUAAGAAUGGCCAAAAUAUGGAAGUUUUGGCCAUCUGGAUUACUAUUACUGAAAUUCCCAAUACAAACAUGAUUGUUACGUUUACAAAGAGGGUACAAAUACAGUUAAGGUCAGUUAACCAUCUUGUAAUUUUAUGGGUUAGUUGAUUCCAAGUGUUAACAAUAGUAAAAAACACAUAAGGGACCAGUCAUUUCUUUGAGGCGGGGGAGGGCUGGUGCAAUUGGGGGGAGGGUCAUUAAAUUUUAUGUAGCCAAAAAGGGGAGGGUCACCAAAACUUUAAGCUGGGCUUUGGGGAGCGCCAUACCAUUUUUAGCAAACAUUGCUGUCACUUAAAAUAAAAAUAAAUCAACAAAUAAAAUAUAUUAUUUAACAAACAAGUCCCUUGCACAGUAAGCAUUUUAAACUUUCAUAAUGAUCAACCUGAACUACCCAACAACCCUACAUGUACGUCUUGAUUUGUUUUUCAACAGCAACACACUGCGCAACAUGUCUUUGCAUUGAUCAAGUUUCUCAUUAAGAUAUUUCAAUUCACUGUUACUCUUUUUUUAGCUUCAUCAAGCCUUGUAAUAACAGCUUCAUCAAACGAUUUAGAAUACUCUUCUCCUCGUAUAAAAUUACCAGUCUUUGAGUGAAACAGGGUGUUAAGGUGAGCUUUAAUGCAUUUAUCCAUAUCUAAUAUGUUCUCUAGUAACUCACUGAGCUUCAUAAUGUUCGCCCUCAGUAUUAACUAAUCAGCUGGGACAAGAACAUAAUCGGUCGUGUAAAAUUUUCCAGCAGCACGAGGAUUGUUUGUGCUCAAUAUUGCUUCAAUGCAUGAGGUGAUCUUAGAUACCCGUUCCUGAAUGUCGUAUUGGCACCUCCCUUCAUCACAAGGUAAAAGUUGAUCUCUUUUAAUAAUCCCUGUCAUAUCUUUUAGCGUGGGGAGGGUCAUAACUAUUUUGGGCCAUACAAGGGGGAGGGUUACAUUUUUUUCUGCAGGAAAUUGGGGGAGGGCAUAAAAAAAAUUCACCUGGGAAAAAAGAAUUGCACCAGCCCUGCCCCCCCCCCCCCCUCUAAUAAAUGACAGGUCCCUAAUUUACUUCAGGUCAUACUUCUUGUAGCUUGGUGAUCACUAUUACAAGUCAGGCAGACAUAUGCUCAAGUUUCUAAAAAAAAAAAAUGGUCCUGCAGAUUGUAUUAGUGUAGUGUCUCUGUAUAGCUCUGAUAAAGGACCUGGAGCCUACAGUGGCAGAUCGGAACCUUCAGAUAAGAAGAGGGGUGGGGCGGGAGGAUUCUCACCAGACCUUGAGGUGGCAAGGAACCAUGACCUUAAGGUACAGGAGCUCAAUCUAGAAAAGAAUUUUCUUGGCAAAUUAUUUAAUUUGAUCUAGAAUAUGGAGGGCAGGGGACCUCCCCUAGAUCCUAAACAUUUUUUACAUUUACUAGAAACUUUUCACUUCAAAUUAUUUAUCCUUUAGGAUUUUUUAUUUAUAGUUGCUUUUUUUGUAUUUUGUUUUGUUUUUUUUUUCAAAUCCUAGGAGCCUCAUUGUCACCAAAAAUCUCUGCCUUCCAUACCCUAUUCCACACUGAACUUUCUGACAAUAGUCCUCAGCCAAGUGGUACCAUCAUGGUGUUGAAAAGUGUGGAAAUAGAUCCUGUUGAUCCUGGGAUGAAUUAUUUUUCUUUUUCUUCCCCUUUCCUCCACUCAAUGGGGGAGGGGGGGGGAAGGUGUUUUCCUUCCCCUCCCUGUGACCUAUUACCUAUUUCCUUGAUUGCCUUCUGAGCUCCUGAUGAGACAAGACCUUCAGCAUUAAGCUGGUUAUGGGCUAUUUUUUGUUUUUCACUCAGUAUGGUGAGCUUAUCAUAAAAUAAUUUAAAAUGGAAUAAAAAUGAUGAUGCAGGUAUAUCCAUGUUGCAGCUGUAACAGGAGGAUGAGUUGGAGAUCCGGAGGGUGUUGCAGUCAAAUGCUUGUGAGGAACAGAGAAACCAGUUGGAGAAGGAAAGGAAGAAAUGAAGAAAAUUGGAGAAGGCUUCAAGAGAAAUAGCAAAUAAAAUGAAAAAAAAAAGAAAAAAAGAAAAAAGAAAACAGGAAAAAGAAAAUUUUCAUUGAGGCCAAGCAGUUGGCUGCUCAGUUGCAUGUCUGGGUAGCUUGACCAUUUGGUUAAUAAAAUUCUCAAAACCACAAACAAACCACUCUAAGAAUUUGAUAAAAUGUGUAAAAAAAAUUGUUUAUUACUUUUAUAAAAAUAAAGUUGUUUGUUUACAAUUCUACAACCAUUUUUUGAUUUCUUCCUUUUCCCAUAAUUCUUUCCUCUGUUUUACUUUCCUUCUACUCUUUCUCCACUUCCGCAAUGUGCUUUUAUGUACCCUCUAUACCUGGGGUGGAAAGUCACCUGAAAAUUUGAAAUUAGCCAUGGAUUAAAUAAAGCUUCCAUUAUAAUCAUUCUUUCAGGAAAUAAAGCUGCUACUUUGGUGGUAAUUCUAAAAAGCACUGUGUUCCACGAUACAGUGCCUUGAUUCAGCAAAGAAGCCUUGACCCUUCUGUUUUAAAAGUUAAAGAUUUUCUUUUGGUAGCAGAGAAAGGCCCCCAGUUUAGUGCAUUACAAAUAAUUAUCACCUACAAAGUUAUCUAUCAUCUAAAUUAAAAAGGAACAACCAAAUCAUUUCCUUGUGGUACCUGCACUGCCUAAUAUCAAAAUGAAUAACUAAAAUACUGAUAAAUAAAUAAUAAUUAUUGAAGUAGGGUAUAUCCAGGCCGUUUUAGCUUAACAAAACAAAAACACAAGGUAAGUCAUUCUCGUUUCUAUUUUUGUCAAAAAAUGGAAUUUAGGACGUAUUUUGUUUAUUGUCAUACGUUCUCUUAUAAAUUCAAAGUCCAACAAACUCCUUCAGAGUUUGGGCUACCUGUUGAUGGGGCAACAUGACAGGAUGGACAAUAAAGGGGCUGCAUUUUCAACACCUUCAAUGUGACUGGAAAUUACAAAGGUUCACACAGCAGAUUCAGGAAUACAAAAUGACUAACUUGGAAUCACAUAGUUUACAUUUGCCAAAAGUAGCUAACAUUGGGCCUUUUGGUCAUAGAAAAGACUGUAAAAGGAUUUGGGUUCUGGUUGGUUAAUUGUGCCAGAUACCCAGCACACCAAAAGGUUGACGCGAGUAUCCCAGAGGUUGUGAGGGUCACUUUGGUUUUUAUAAUCUCAUAAAGUACCCAUUCUUCUCACACUAAACUAAACAGCAACUUACCACUUAAAAGUGAAAAAAAAAUCAACCAUAAUAUAUAAGAAAACAGAAAUAGUUUAUGUUGAGCCAUAAAUUCAACAACUGUCUGCUAUCCCUGGGGGGGUUACUCCCUUAUAUGGCCUCCAUGGGGAUGUGCCGCUGGACAGGGAAUGGUUUUCGUCCUCUCUGUCCUGAACAGGGUAUAUAGUUUGGCACAAGUCUGUCGUAAACAGGGUAUACAAUUUCCUGCAAGUCUGUCCUAAACAGUGUGCAUGAUUUGUGCGAGUCUGUUCUAAUUAUAAACAUGGUGUUUCAUGCAUGAUCGAUUUCGUUUUAGUGCAAAUGUUUGCAGAUAUUUAGUACGUCAUCACCCAAAGCAUUUGCUGGAAUAAAUAUAAAUGUUCUUGUUUUUGGCACCCUUGUCUAAAUAAGAUAAGUACAAGUUGACAGGUGUGCUUGAUAACCUUGUCCCCAUCUGAGGGAGUUGUCCUAUCUGGGUACUAAAGUUGAGUGUGUUAUCCUAAACAGGGUAUGGGUUUGAAACCCUCAGCGGCUCACCUACACCCAAAUAUUGGUAGAGUACCCCUCCCACCCCCCCCUACACCGGGCUGCUAUCCUAUAAGCAAGCUUCGAAUUAACUGAGCCAUAAUUACACAAUGGUUGACUGUAUUUGUACCCUCUUUGUAAACGUAACAAUCAUUUUUAUAUUGGGAAGUUCAGUAAUAAUAAUCCAGAUGGCCAAAACUUCCAUAUUUUGGCCAUUCUUAUUCUGAAGUAUCCACCUUAUUCUGAGCUAUCCAAACAGAUACUUUGCUUUGAAUAAGCUUUACACGGCAGUCGCGGUAGUGGUACUGUAAUUAAACAGACAUUGUUUGCUCCUUGCACUAAAUUCUUACAAAGAACGUGAAAAACAACUAACCUCUAUGUAGGCUUUGAUCCAUAUUUCGGAGUAACCAUUCUUAUCUUAGCCUUCUUCAGUCUUUGUAUACUUAUCUCAAAAGUCGGAGCGAUUUGCCGAAAAAUAAUUUUAUUCAGUUCCAGUCUCCAAGCGGAUACCUGAUUUUGGAGUAUCCAUUCUAGUCACGACCGAAAAUUUGGUAAUCAAGUGAUCGUGCACCGCCCGCCCGCCCGUCCGUCCGCACCACAGGAAAACCAGUGUUUAAUCCUCACACUUUCUAGCCAGUUUGGGAGCACAGGAAGACUGAUAUUGCACACAUAUAUUGCACAUCAAUGUUGUGAUCAAUUGACAGCUGUCAAAACAGGGUAUCCGCUGACCAGGAUCACCUGACCGUAUCGCGGGCUCAGGUGUCGAUCCAUCGAGGUCGAUAUCUUUUUGAAGUUAUCCGCUGACAAGUAACUUGUUUUCAAAUGAUCGCAGGCUCAAGUUUAUUUUUUUUAAUUCAUAUGAAAUAUGUUGUGUUUUGUAUGUGCCGCACAAUUAAAAUGAUUUCAAACUGACCUAGGAAGCUAAAAUUCAGCCAGUUUUUACAGGCAGGGAAGACAUGCUAGUUGCUUUUGACUUUCCUCACCAAGGUCACGAGUUGGUCACACUCUACGUCCAAUUUUUAUGCUCUGAUUGGUCAAAAUUUGACAGGUGAGUUCAUGCGGAAAAUGUAUGCAGCAUCUUGAAACUUGUUUACUUUGCUGAAGCUGACAGAGUUUUGUGUCAACUUGUGAUGUUUUUAACUGUCUUUUUCCACUGAAUGUACAAAAUGAAAUUCAGCUGCUAUCAAGAGUCUUCUGUUAUUCAUGGCUAAUUUGUUUACUGGUUUUUUGGUUGAGAAAUACAUUGCUUGUCAACGUCGGAAAUCCGAUUUCGGAUGGCAUCGUUUUCGUUUUUCACCUUGCUGGAUGCGUAAGAGGGUUGAAAAGUCUGAAGCGAUUCUGGCCUUACUUGAUAGUUUUCAGUGCAUCUCGAAUGGUAAGCCCGAGUAAUUAUUGUAUUUGACGUUUGUUUUUUAUAUCUAAUUUAAUGAAGUCGAGCGUAGUUUAUGCGGCUAUUUAGUUUAUUCACGUUUUUAAUUGUAAGAUUUGAGACAAUGAUCUGACCGAGUAUCAGGUUUGAUUGUAAGCUUAUAGAACUUUAAAAAGCCUUUAGACAUUUUCUCACCGCAAAUAGAAAGAAAACGUUCCAAACAAUAUUUAGUUAUAAUUCUGGCUGUAAAAGAAAGCUUUGAGCGAUUUUCUUGCCUCGAGUUCAUCUUUGAAAAAGCAAACACCGGGAAGCCGGCUUACAAAAUGAAAAACAUAAACUAGGAUUUUCAGAGACACUUUAAUACUUGUCUUCGUAAAUGAAAAUUGUUGUCACUGUAUAUGUUUCACCGAAUUAUUUUCCUUUUAUUGAUUGUUAGUAUUCUCUUUUGCAAUUUUUAUCGCUGUGCCGUUUGUUUUCAGUCGCUCAUGAACAUCGCUUGCAUGCAGGAGUAGUCAAAAUGCUGCGCGUAUCAAACGCUUUUGACGAUUAAACAUCGUUAUAAAACCAUUAAAUAAAAAAUAAACAUAAUAAAUUCUUUAUUAUGUUGAAGCGUAUAACUCUAUUAAUUAUAAUUUAAACAGUCGACUUUGGCGCUUGUCAAAAGUGAGAACCGGCUAGCCGUAUAGGUGAUUUUGGAAAUUUUUUUAACGGUUUCGCUAAAAAGCCCACACGUGCGUCGAUCGUCCUGAAUAUUGAGUGAGUGCAAUUUGUAUUGCAAAAUUGUGAAAUACUGCAUUCUGUCCGGGGUCUGUAUGAUAAAAACAGCGCCUCAUGGUACUGUUUCACCUCAGAUGUGAUGUAUAAAAAGUAUAAAAGGUUAGGUUAUACGUCCCCAGACUUGUUGGCAAGAUUUUGUAAAGUAAACUUGUCGAACGCAAAAAAUUCGGCCUGAUUUGUUUUCCAAGAAUUGUUUUCCAGGCCUAAUCUACUGUGAUCAAGAGCCCGCGCUCUUAAAUGUGAUCGAAGAUGAUUGUUAUUUUUUGGGUGUACAUAUAAGGCUAUCAACUCGAUGUAAGAUUAAGUUCACUCUUAGCUUGGACUGUUUGCAAAUUACUUUUCUGUAAAAUCACUUAACCCUUCCCUCAAAAGUCACAUGAGUAGUAUACUAUGUUGAAACUUAACCCCGUUAGUGGAUUCCCUUUGGAUUCCCUCGCAAAAAGUGGAUUCCCUUAAUUGAUAUGCAUAAGCCUAUGACGUCACCUCGGAAAGAAGUGUCUUCCUGCAUACUAAUUUGGAUUAGGUUUACUAAUGAGCGUCACUCUACUACAAUAGGAACAAUAGGCUUGCCUAGACUUGCCCGUGAAGUAACUUGAGCUCGGUUUUCGGACAGUCUAUUAAAAGGAAAAUAGGAAUAAGAGAAGCGAUCACCUAGCAACGCGAGAAACGGCUUCCUAUAUCUUAUUUAGCGCUAAAACUCAGAUAUAUAAACAAAACACAUGUGCACAAAGUGGAGUUGAAAAGUCUUUAUUUCCGUUUAGUUUAUGUCUUCUUAUUGAGCUCUAAAACUCAGAUAUAUAUAAACAAAAUACACAAAGUAGAACUGAAAACUGUAUUUCAAUUUUGUCUGACGUUUUCUCCGUUCUAUCUCGAGGAAAUGAAAAACUAUUAAAGUCUUGUAAUUUCACGCACUGUUAGUCAGUUAAUUAUGCGAGUUCACAAGCCCAAAGUUGAAUACAAAUUUGCUCUACAGGAAAGACCCAAGGGAGCACCUUGACGUAUUAUUAUAAAACAAAUAACUUAACAAGGAUCAAUUAAAACACGCGACUAAUAAUUGCUAGCAAUAAAAUCUGACACGAGAUACCGUUUAAAACAAAAAGAGUCAAAUACACAGCGAUUUGAAAGAAAUCUAUUAAAACAGUCAAAGAAAGCUUACCCCUCUCCCUUUUCAAUUUUAUUUCCCUCCUCAAUUUUUUCUUUUUCCCUUCUCCACAAUUUUGUUAUUUUCCCUCCUCAAUGUUUUUAUUCCCUCCUCCACAAUUUUUAUUAUUUUCCCUCCUCAAUGUUUUUUAUUCCCCUCCUUCACCUCCACCUCCUCAUUUAUUCUAUACAUUUUUCCAUCCACAAAUACAUCGACCUCCUAGCGACCCUACAUCGACCCCACAUCGACCCUACAUCGACCCUACAUUGACCCCACACCGACCCUACACUCAACUUUUUUUUUAACACUGCUUCGUAAAUAGUGAAGCUAUAUACCACCACCGCCACAUUUCUAUUGUUUUCCCACCACCACCAGCACCGCCACCACAUUUCAAUUGUUUUCCCUUCUCCUCUUCAUUUUUAUUGUUUUCCCUCCUCCACCACCACCACCACCACCACCACAUUUCUAUUGUUUUCCCUCCACCACCACCACCACCACCACCACCACAUUUCUGGUGUUUUCCCUUCACCACCACCACCACCACCACCACAUUUCCAUUGUUUUCCCUCCACCACCACCACCACCACAUUUCUAUUGUUUUCCCCCACCACCACCACCACCACCACCACCACAUUUCUAUUGUUUUCCCUCCACCACCACCACCACCACAUUUCUAUUGUUUUCCCUCCUCCUCCUCAUUUUUGUUUUGGUACAGUAGGGGUACAGGAGGGGUACAGGAGGGGUACAGGAAGGGUACAGGAGGGGUACAGUAGGGGUACAGGAGGGGUACAGUAGGGGUACAGGAAGGGUACAGUAGGGGUACAGGAGGGGUACAGGAGGGGUACAGUAGGGGUACAGGAAGGGUACAGUAGGGGUACAGGAGGGGUACAGGAGGGGUACAGGAGGGGUACAGGAGGGGUACAGGAGGGGUACAGUAGGGGUACAGGAGGGGUACAGGAGGAGGAGGAGGAGGAGGAGGGAAAACAAUAAAAAUGAAGAGGAGGAGGGAAAACAAUAGAAAUGUGGUGGUGGUGGUGGUGGAGGGAAAACAAUAGAAAUGUGGUGGUGGUGGUGGUGGGGGGGGAAACAAUAGAAAUGUGGUGGUGGUGGUGGUGGUGGAGGGAAAACAAUAGAAAUGUGGUGGUGGUGGUGGAGGGAAAACAAUAGAAAUGUGGUGGUGGUGGUGGUGGAGGAGGGAAAACAAUAGAAAUGUGGUAGUGGUGGUGGUGGUGGUGGAGGGAAGACAAUAGAAAUGUGGUGGUGGUGGUGGUGGUGGUGGUGGUGGUGGAGGGAAAACAAUAGAAAUGUGGUGGUGGUGGAGGAGGGAAAACAAUAAAAAUGAAGAGGAGGAGGGAAAACAAUUGAAAUGUGGUGGCGGUGCUGGUGGUGGUGGGAAAACAAUAGAAAUGUGGCGGUGGUGGUAUAUAGCUUCACUAUUUACGAAGCAGUGUUAAAAAAAAGUCGAUGUGGGGUCGAUGUAGGGUCGAUGUGGGGUCGAUGUAGGGUCGCUAGGAGGUCGAUGUAUUUGUGGAUGGAAAAAUGUAUAGAAUAAAUGAGGAGGUGGAGGUGAAGGAGGGGAAUAAAAAACAUUGAGGAGGGAAAAUAAUAAAAAUUGUGGAGGAGGGAAUAAAAACAUUGAGGAGGGAAAAUAACAAAAUUGUGGAGAAGGGAAAAAGAAAAAAUUGAGGAGGGAAAUAAAAUUGAAAAGGGAGAGGGGUAAGCUUUCUUUGACUGUUUUAAUAGAUUUCUUUCAAAUCGCUGUGUAUUUGACUCUUUUUGUUUUAAACGGUAUCUCGUGUCAGAUUUUAUUGCUAGCAAUUAUUAGUCGCGUGUUUUAAUUGAUCCUUGUUAAGUUAUUUGUUUUAUAAUAAUACGUCAAGGUGCUCCCUUGGGUCUUUCCUGUAGAGCAAAUUUGUAUUCAACUUUGGGCUUGUGAACUCGCAUAAUUAACUGACUAACAGUGCGUGAAAUUACAAGACUUUAAUAGUUUUUCAUUUCCUCGAGAUAGAACGGAGAAAACGUCAGACAAAAUUGAAAUACAGUUUUCAGUUCUACUUUGUGUAUUUUGUUUAUAUAUAUCUGAGUUUUAGAGCUCAAUAAGAAGACAUAAACUAAACGGAAAUAAAGACUUUUCAACUUCACUUUGUGCACAUGUGUUUUGUUUAUAUAUCUGAGUUUUAGCGCUAAAUAAGAUAUAGGAAGCCGUUUCUCGCGUUGCUAGGUGAUCGCUUCUCUUAUUCCUAUUUUCCUUUUAAUAGACUGUCCGAAAACCGAGCUCAAGUUACUUCACGGGCAAGUCUAGGCAAGCCUAUUGUUCCUAUUGUAGUAGAGUGACGCUCAUUAGUAAACCUAAUCCAAAUUAGUAUGCAGGAAGACACUUCUUUCCGAGGUGACGUCAUAGGCUUAUGUAUAUCAAUUAAGGGAAUCCACUUUUUGCGAGGGAAUCCAAAGGGAAUCCACUAACGGGGUUAAGUUUCAACAUCGUAUACUACUCAUGUGACUUUUGAGGGAAGGGUUAAGUGAUUUUACAGAAAAGUAAUUUGCAAACAGUCCAAGCUAAGAGUGAACUUAAUCUUACAUCGAGUUGAUAGCCUUAUAUGUACACUCAAAAAAUAACAAUCAUCUUCGAUCACAUUUAAGAGCGCGGGCUCUUGAUCACAGUAGAUUAGGCCUGGAAAACAAUUCUUGGAAAACAAAUCAGGCCGAAUUUUUUUUGGUGCGUUCGACAAGUUUACUUUACAAAAUCUUGCCAACAAGUCUGGGGACGUAUAACCUAACCUUUUAUACUUUUUAUACAUCACAUCUGAGGUGAAACAGUACCAUGAGGCGCUGUUUUUAUCAUACAGACCCCGGACAGAAUGCAGUAUUUCACAAUUUUGCAAUACAAAUUGCACUCACUCAAUAUUCAGGACGAUCGACGCACGUGUGGGCUUUUUAGCGAAACCGUUAAAAAAAUUUCCAAAAUCACCUAUACGGCUAGCCGGUUCUCACUUUUGACAAGCGCCAAAGUCGACUGUUUAAAUUAUAAUUAAUAGAGUUAUACGCUUCAACAUAAUAAAGAAUUUAUUAUGUUUAUUUUUUAUUUAAUGGUUUUAUAACGAUGUUUAAUCGUCAAAAGCGUUUGAUACGCGCAGCAUUUUGACUACUCCUGCAUGCAAGCGAUGUUCAUGAGCGACUGAAAACAAACGGCACAGCGAUAAAAAUUGCAAAAGAGAAUACUAACAAUCAAUAAAAGGAAAAUAAUUCGGUGAAACAUAUACAGUGACAACAAUUUUCAUUUACGAAGACAAGUAUUAAAGUGUCUCUGAAAAUCCUAGUUUAUGUUUUUCAUUUUGUAAGCCGGCUUCCCGGUGUUUGCUUUUUCAAAGAUGAACUCGAGGCAAGAAAAUCGCUCAAAGCUUUCUUUUACAGCCAGAAUUAUAACUAAAUAUUGUUUGGAACGUUUUCUUUCUAUUUGCGGUGAGAAAAUGUCUAAAGGCUUUUUAAAGUUCUAUAAGCUUACAAUCAAACCUGAUACUCGGUCAGAUCAUUGUCUCAAAUCUUACAAUUAAAAACGUGAAUAAACUAAAUAGCCGCAUAAACUACGCUCGACUUCAUUAAAUUAGAUAUAAAAAACAAACGUCAAAUACAAUAAUUACUCGGGCUUACCAUUCGAGAUGCACUGAAAACUAUCAAGUAAGGCCAGAAUCGCUUCAGACUUUUCAACCCUCUUACGCAUCCAGCAAGGUGAAAAACGAAAACGAUGCCAUCCGAAUGUAUUUCUCAACCAAAAAACCAGUAAACAAAUUAGCCAUGAAUAACAGAAGACUCUUGAUAGCAGCUGAAUUUCAUUUUGUACAUUCAGUGGAAAAAGACAGUUAAAAACAUCACAAGUUGACACAAAACUCUGUCAGCUUCAGCAAAGUAAACAAGUUUCAAGAUGCUGCAUACAUUUUCCGCAUGAACUCACCUGUCAAAUUUUGACCAAUCAGAGCAUAAAAAUUGGACGUAGAGUGUGACCAACUCGUGACCUUGGUGAGGAAAGUCAAAAGCAACUAGCAUGUCUUCCCUGCCUGUAAAAACUGGCUGAAUUUUAGCUUCCUAGGUCAGUUUGAAAUCAUUUUAAUUGUGCGGCACAUACAAAACACAACAUAUUUCAUAUGAAUUAAAAAAAAUAAACUUGAGCCUGCGAUCAUUUGAAAACAAGUUACUUGUCAGCGGAUAACUUCAAAAAGAUAUCGACCUCGAUGGAUCGACACCUGAGCCCGCGAUACGGUCAGGUGAUCCUGGUCAGCGGAUACCCUGUUUUGACAGCUGUCAAUUGAUCACAACAUUGAUGUGCAAUAUAUGUGUGCAAUAUCAGUCUUCCUGUGCUCCCAAACUGGCUAGAAAGUGUGAGGAUUAAACACUGGUUUUCCUGUGGUGCGGACGGACGGGCGGGCGGGCGGUGCACGAUCACUUGAUUACCAAAUUUUCUGGGAUGGGUAGAUUUACUUACCCAUGGUAAUCCGCAGGCGCGCUUCGCGCGCCAGAGCUCCGCUACUAUUUUUUUGGUUACGAAAGUCUUUCAAAAGGGUACAAUGUUCUGAAUGAGUUUAUGUUUCAGUCUCACCUGAGAUUCUGUCGCAUGCAAUGGUCGGCGACAAGGUUUUAUGGUAGCCUGAGCUAGCCUGAGUGUGUAUAGCCGCCCCCUCCCCUCAGAAAAAAUGGCCAUUUUGCAGCCCGGUUGAAAAUCUUGUUUUCAUUCAUAUUACAUGCCAAUUUCUUUCUUUCUUUAGUUUAUUUUUUUUUGGCUCUUUAGUUGGCAUACGUUGUCUAUUUUAAAAAGCAUUUCUAAAAAAGCAUUGCGUCAGCAUUUCUAUGGUAACUUUUUGGCAUUCCUAUGCACUCACGUUUUUAAGGUUGUUCUGACCUUAGGAAUUCAAACCUGACACAGUGGAAGUAUCCGAUUGCAUGUGCACCUGAAUAUUCUAGAAACUUGUUAUCAGCGCAGCAUUUCUUUAACGCAAAGAUCACUUUCAGCUUAUUAACGCUUUUUAGUUGUAAAAUAAUUUGCAUUGCUUUCUCAUGUGAACGUCAACGCCGCCUUACAAUUCGAGGACCGUUUUUUUUGCAGCUAAGGGUCUUUGGCUUAUUCGCUUUUCGCUGAAGGAAAUCCCAUCGUCAGGCAGUUCGAUAGCUCUCACAUCAAGUCACAACAUCGCGGAACAAAUGUGCACAAUUCGUCCAAAUAUACAGCAAUGAUCCACGCUCAAUUAUUUCAAUGUCCUUUUAACAAUUCCAAGUCCCAGUCCAUUUCUUGCAGAUGAUAUUGUCAGUGUUCUUUAGAAUAUUUCCAUUUAUACAAAACCCAUCUUCGGCUGGCUUCUCUUUCGUUUCGAGAAAAAAUGUACGCCUUACUAGUACCCCCUAGAAUAUGCCAAACAUAUGCGUAAAAGGCACUUUGAACAAAGUAAUACUAAGUGAGAGGUAAGAGUGAAGUGUAUGAUUUGGCUUUAAAAGAAUCGAGUGAGUGCGUAAGUAGUGAGUGAUAGAGUGCCAUUCGAGUGCCUCCAAAAGCCCAUGACAUGACUACGUCAUCCAUGAGCUAAAAACCUGUAUUGCUUUAGCAAACCGUCUAUUAAGGCAACCUCGUUCCCAGGGUUCUCUCCUGAGAACGUGGGAACGAGUUUAAACCUGUCAACACGUAACUUAACGAGGUGCUCAUUGGUCCGGGCAGACUAAACCUCAAAACAAUUGGAAAGGAAUGUAUGACAGUUUAAAGCCCAUAGGCGCGGGGAGCAUUGCGUGACCUCGGCCCGAGCGGCUGCGAGGAAGACUUUUGGCGGACUUUUUCUUUUUUUUUUUUGGUUUUUUUGAAUGGCAGUUCCCGGCCAUGAACAUGUUAAUUUUACUUUUUCCGUUUUGAAUGGCAGUUCCCGGCCAUGAACAUACUAGUUUUACUUUUCCUGUUUUGAAUGGCAGUUCCCGGCCGUAAACAAAUUAGUUUUAUUUCUGCUUUUAUUUCACUUUUAGUUUUAUUUUCAUUUCAUAAUAAAAAUGUUUUGUUUUGUUUUGAAAAUUAACAAAAUGAAUCUAUUUCCAGUUCAAUGAAAAACAAAAUAAUUUGACGUUUUAUAAUUUCGCUUUAUUUUCAAUGCAAAAUAAGUUCAAUCUAAAAUUAACAAAUUUAUGUCGUUUUGACAAAUGACAGUUGUCGGCUACCAUAGUGGACCCCCCUCCCCCCAUCCCCGCCUAUUAAGACCCUCUUAAUCGAACUGACAAUUCCUUAUUCUUCGACAGAUUUUUUCCCCGAUGAACAUCAUCGAAGCAAGCGACAUGUGAAGUCAGCUAAUAAUUCGAGAGAAGCGAAAACAACAGCCGUCUUGAUUAAAGAAAUUCACAAUAUUUUAUCAGAGGGCAGGAUCCGCCUUUGCAAAUCAACAAAUGCGUCGUGUCUGUCAGGUCCACCCGGACCGAGGGGAGAGAAGGGAGACCGAGGACGAAAAGGGAAGAGAGGGUCACGUGGAAGCAAGGGAGACAGAGGUAUUAUGGGAUCACAGGGCAAAAGUGGACCCGUGGGACCAAAAGGUGAUGCUGGACUUAAGGGGCAAAAAGGGGAGACAGGGAUCGCUGGCGUGCCGGGAGCCAAAGGAGAUAGAGGCACUGCGGGACCACCAGGAAAGAGUGGCAAACAAGGCAUCAUGGGACCUGUAGGGCCAAAGGGUGUUCCUGGACUCAAAGGGCGAAAAGGAGAUAAAGGGAUCGCUGGAAUGUCGGGAGCCAAAGGAGAGAGAGGUAUGAUAGGAUCACCAGGAAAAAGCGGCAAACAAGGUAUCAUGGGACCUGUAGGGCCAAAAGGUGUCCCUGGACUCAAAGGGAAAAAAGGAGACACAGGAUCCGCGGGCAUACCUGGAACCAAAGGAGAGCCUGGUCAAUCGAGUGAGUGACAAUAUAAGACUAUCAAUAUCGACUUCCCUCUUUUUCCAGCCAUGAAUUUUCUUUUUUGAUACCACCUUUUUUGCCAGAAAAAUUUUGCGUCUGCUAGGCAUAAAUAGAUUGCCGCUUCGGAAACUUUUGAGCAACUUUUAGCGUUUUCAGCAACUUUUUGUACUGCGGGCAACCUAGAGCAACUUUUGAGUCAACAAAUAGUUAAAAACUGACCAAACCAUCAAAAACUAAUAACUAAUAAUAGAAAGUAUUUUCCAAUGACGUUUCUAAUGAGAAAACAUCACAAUGUUUGCUAUAGACAUCAUAGUGCUGACUAUACACUUUAGACAGUGAUUAAGUUUACAGCCUUUAUCUUAUCUUAUCAUAAUAAGAUACAACAAUGCAAAGAGGUUGUAAAGUUUACAGCCUCUUAUUUGCAUUAUUGUAUCUUAUCAUAACUGAAGCCUCAAGGUAGUCCUAAGGCUUUGUCUUGUUGAUCGUUAAACUUCUAGAAAUUGAAGCUGUUACAGGACUACUAAGAGUUGCCCCAGUGGCUAUGGUAGCUUCAGUAGGGCUAAUAUCUGUAUUAUUUUCAUUUUCCUCGUCACACAUUUCAGGUUCUAAUUGUGAUGCCUCGCACUGCAGCAAAUACCAAGAUUGCGGGCGGGAAGCCGCACAUAGAUGUUGUUUUAUUUUUCUUCUCGUUCUUUUGUUUGAGACCAAGAAAGUACAACAAAAUUAA